AGAACGUUCCUUGCCGAGCACAUUAUACUGCGACUCAAGGAAGGGACUCCAUUCGAGACUUGUUGUUAUUAUCCUGAGCUAACUGUCAACCAGAAAGCCACCUGUUUUAAACCUAAACGUCAAAAUGUCUUCAGACUUUGAAUCCUACGAGCAGGACUUUGGAACCAUUACAGCAGAAGUAACCAACAAAAUUGGCAGGAUUCCCAAACUUAGUGGAGAGGAGAAGACACAGCUGGUUCUAAAUGUCGACAAACAGCUUGAAGAAGUCAGAGAGUUGCUGGAGCAGAUGGACCUGGAGGUGCGGGAGAUCCCCAUCCAGAGCCGUGCCAUGUACAACGGCAGACUGAAGAGCUACAAGCAAGAGAUAGAGAAGCUCGAGAAAGACUUUAAAAGGUCACGUAUUGCCUACAGUGAUGAGGUGCGCAACGAGCUCCUGGGGGAUGACGCCGGCUCCUCGGAGAACCAGUUGAUAAAGUUACGCGAAGAGAGAGCGCAUCUGUUGGACAACACAGAGAAGCUGGAAAGGUCAUCACGGAGACUGGAGGCCGGCUACCAGAUAGCAGUAGAAACUGAACAAGUGGGUCAGGAGAUUCUUUCCAACCUGCACAGUGACCGUGAGAAGAUCCAAAGAGCCAGAGAAAGGCUGAGAGAAACGGACGCCAACCUGGGCAAGAGUUCUCGCAUCCUUACCGGCAUGCUGAGAAGGUAAGAGGCAGGAUCAUCCAGAAUCGUGUCCUGGUCUUCAUCCUCGGAGCCAUCAUCCUUCUCACCAUCAUCCUGGCCAUCUAUUUCAAUGUGCGGGGCCACUGAUCUCCCCUCUACACACAUACACGUACACUCGCUCUUCCCCUGACACAAAUACAAACACACACACGUGUGAUUAAUAGCGACAAAAGCGUUGUUCUGCUGUAAUUAGGACAAAUGGUCCCCAUGAAUCACUGUUUCCAAAGCCUGACAGGGAGCUUUUUUCCAUCUUUCUCUUUUCCUGUUUGCUGUCUCUUUCUCUUUUUGUCCCUCUCUACCUUUUUUUCCCACUUUGCGCUUCCCUUUCUCUUUCUUUCUUCUUCUUCUUUCUUUUCUCGUCUCAGUUUUGUUCUCUCAGGCUUUGUCAGGCUCUCUCAUACAUCUCCAGGGACAAAAGUAGAGGGAGAUGUUUUUAUGAUAGUUAAUAUUUUCAUGGUGUUGUCCUCAGCGUGGUUCUGCAGCCCAUCCUGUCCCAAAGGGAACCAGGCCUGUUCUUUUUUUUUUUUUUUGGUAACUCAAAGCAGAUUCAGAUAUGUAGAUUAUUCUUUCCUUGUGAUGGAGGUGGGUCAAGUGUUAUUCAGGAUGAGUGUGUGCAUGCAUGAGAAACAGAGACAAAGACAGGUAUAAGAGUGCACACAUGUAUGUCCGCAUGUGCAUGAGUGACAGUCAUGGAUUGGGGGCCCACACUGUGUUUGUUAUUAACACCAACAGUAGAGACACACGCUGUAGUAUGUAUGAGUUUCUGUAACUAAAUGAUUCAGAUGGUCUUCAUGUAGCCAUACAAAGCACAGAGGACAGUGCCUUCAGAUAAGAUAUGCUGUUCACACUCAUUUCUUUAAAAAGCUCAGCAGAGCCCAAAAUAGACUGAGUGGCACAGCCUGGAAAAGAGAGCAUGCACAUGAAAAGGUUGAGGUUAGUUCAACUUCAGUUCAGUCUAUCAAGGUGAAAGGUUUGUUUGUUUUCGAUUACUGCAUUCAGGAAAGGAUAUAUGAACAUUUCAACAAAGUUUUGGGAUUGAGAAAAUAAAAUAAAAAUCUACUGUUUUAAUGCAAAAGGGAACUGUCCCCAACCUUGGCACAUACAAACAUAAAUACAAUACAGAGAACGGUUUAUUCACACAUCAUGACUAGCUUUAAAAUCCACAUUUGGUAUAAUUCCCCUGCACCUCCCAAACACAGAUUUUAACAACUCAUUCCUGCAGACUUUUUAAUGUAUCUAUCAUUGUGUAAAAUUAUAGGCUGUAUGUACUAACAUUAAAAUCUACAUCAUGUAUAGUGUUUUGCUCUCAAUACAAGUGAUUCUGUUACUAUUUAUUUAUAAAUGCAAUUAAUGUUUCUGUGUUAGAACUGUAUAUUUUAUGAAGUUAAAAGGUAUUCAGAAUUAACAUUAGCCACGUUUUCUUUUCUUGACUUUUGGGUGUUCAGCGAUUAGACUGUAAAAUGCAGACUGCACACCAGGACCACCUGAAAUGUGUGGAUUUCAAGUUUUGUGUCUUAAAGGUUGUUUUUUUUUUCUUCUUCUGUUCUUAUAAAUGGAUCUAACUUGUUUUAGAACUGGCACUUUUUUGUUCUAUAUUUUUCUUGUCAAGUUCUGAAGAUUGUGAUGCAGUCCUUGUUUCUGUGUUUAUCUGUACGCUGACUUAUGAUGUGAUACAUUGAAGAAAAAAACGUGUGUGAGUUUACUGCUGUUUAAUUCUUCAGGGGAAAGCCAUUCUUCAGGGGGUCUUGGAAAAUCAAAAUUUAAGAGCAUAUUUGAAGAAUUUUCAGAUGUCGAGAUACAUGAAGGUUAAGCUGUGCACGCAGGCACACACACACACACACACACACACACACACACACUGGAGUAUUGGAGUGUGCAUGGUGUGGUCUGUGUGGUGGUUCCCAGUGAGGACAUUUACUAUUCUGUUUCAGGGCCACGGUCUUCAUUUUCGAAGAUGCGGGGGUGUCAGGGUGGUGAGCCCCCGAACACCUCCCAACAACCACCAUUUCACAGGCCCUCACUAGCUGCAGUGCCGCCGUCUGCUUCAAAGCCUCAAAUUAAUGGCCAACAAAAUAGUGUGCCUCUGACCGUCCCAUGCGGGGCCGACCCACCAAGACUUAUCAUUAAAGUGCAGGAAUAAUGAAAAAAGGAAGGAAGCAAAGAAGAGGGAGAAGGAAGGAAGUGAACAAGGUAGCAUGGAGGUGGGGGGGGGGUGAAAUCCCUGGCAGUUUGACAAACCUCAUCUGGUAAUGACCCUCAGUGAUUGUUUUUUCACCCAGUGUGUCUGUGUGUGUCUCUUCAUGUGCAGCCUACCUGCGUGCCAAUGUGCUCUCUUCUCCUCCUCUCUCUUUCUGUCUUUCUCUCCCUCCCCAUCGCCUCUUGCUCCCCCCUUCUCUCUACCUCUCCUGCCACCUUUUCUCCUCCUCCCAGUCCUCCCCUCCCUCCCUCCCUCCCUCCCAGCCUGUCAGAUGAGCGGAGCAGUAGCUAGCGAGUGAGCGGUGUAAGGCAGCGUGGCGGCGGCUUCUAUUUGAAGUUGUAAUGGUGUCAAAAAGUCAGGGCUGACUGACAGACGUCAGUCCCACAGGGCCUCAUUAAAAACAGACCCACUUGACAAGGAAAUAAUUGAGCGCCGGCGACAACUCGGGGGCCCCCUCGCGUUUUUAGAUGUUUUUAUUUUCUUUUCAUUAUUAGCGCUGAGCUAUUAUGUUCAUUAAGAAAUGGCAUUAAAACAAGUUUUUAAAAGCAGGGAAAUGGAGGGAGGGGCAGAGGGAAGGCAGGAUGCAUGGAGGUGGGAAGAUAACGAUUUGUUUAGAGCCCCCGUCCUGUUUUAUUAUUUAAACAGGAGCACUGUCAUGUGAUACCUUGGAAGACUUUGGCUAUCAUCUGCCACUCCAUUUUUUUCUUCUCUUUUUCUCCUUUUUUCCUCUUUACUCAUCCCUCGCUUCCCCCCCAGCUUUUAUCUUCCCCUUCUCUGUCCAUCUCUCUCCCUCUCUUCAUCCCUUUCUUUCUCUCCCUCUGAGCGGCGGGUGUCGUUGGAAUAUGAACUAGAUUAUUCAUCACUACCCCCCACGCCCCACUACCACUCCCCCCAUUCGCUGAUUUGGUUUUCAACAAGCGUCUCACCGCAGAAGGCUGAGGAUGAAAACUUGUCAAAAAUAGGUUAUAUCUUAUUCCAAGGGGCAACAAUAGCAGCAGGUACAGACACCUUUUAAUAUUUAAUUUAGACGGGUGUUAACCCUCCUUAAGUGACUGGAGCUCUGUCUUCCAUACAGACACCAGGAGAGAAACGGGGGGGAAGCGAGCAAGAGGGGAGAGCAAUUAAUUAUUUGAUGUCUGAAAAGUGAUUUUGAAGCUCUCCCUGCCUUCUGUUUGCCAGAGAGAGGAUCGAGUCUUUGGGUGUCACUGUUCAUUUUCUACACCAACCACGUCCUCAGCAUGGCUGUCCUGGGAGAGCUGAAACAUUACCACUCAAAUCACAUUCAGAGCCUCGCUCCACUGUGCCUCGCUUGAUACGGUAAUGAUAACACGAGUGAUCAUAUAGCAAUGGUUUUGGUCUCUUGUAUCAUCAGCGGAAAUUAUAUUCCAGAGGAAUUAUCUUUUACACCUCCAUCUUGCGUCUGUGUGUCUCGCUAACAUCUCUUGUGCCCAGCUCAGCCAGACAUUCCUGUUCUCCCUGGUCCUUUCUAGGUUUACAUAAAAGUUUUUUUUAAUUUUUUUUUUUUAAAUGAAGGUUCCUCAAGGAACCUCUGUGAUGCACCAACAUUACAAAAAGCCUGAUGUUUGUCGUUUGUCAGCCAUUUAAGACGACAUGGGAUUGUGACAAGCGUUGCUUGAGCUGUCUGUCCCCUGGCGAAGGGCGGGCCUUAAACGGGAUAAACGGCUCCAGUGGUAGGAUCACGAUGGGAGGGUGGGCGCUUCAUCUCCAGGAGUGUCCAUGAUGCUGCCACCCCCUACCACACACAAACACACACACGUAUUAAAGGAGGCCGUGCAACAACAGCCGCCCAAGAAAAACCCACAAUGGCACUGUUUGAGAACUACAAUGAAUCUUCUACUGUUUGAUUUAGCACACAUACAAAAGCGCACAUGCACUGCUACAUGUAUGGUGGACGCCCCCCCCCCCCCGAUAAAAAGACACACACGCUCUAGUGUACGGCUGUUAAAAGGGGAGCCAUGUUCUCCGUCUGUACACGCCACCAGUCCUAGCAGAAUGGCUUUCUUUCUCUCCUCUAUCCUUUGUCGCCUCCAUCAGUGCCGUCAACCAUUUUAAUGGUGUUUGUGCUUGCAAAGAAAUACAAUGUCAAAUGAAAGACAAUGCCACCCCAUUAUUUGAGGAAGUCACAGGGGCUGUAGCCAUACAUAGCCUACAUGGAUGUUUGUGUGCAUGUGGUUUCCCCCUGUGGUUGAGAUGGAGCUGGAGGGCUUGGUGUAAAAGGCUGUCUUUUAAUUUUCUGUAUGCAUGACUAUUUUUUAUCUGUUUGUGUCCAUCCGUAAUGUCCGUAUGACUAAUUUUUCCUGUAGACCAGGAUCUUCAGUUCAUUUUGUUUCCUACAGACUCUGAGCGGUUCCUGAAACUAUAAAGAUGACUUGUGAUCUCUUGUCCAUGUUGUUUAAUAUCUGUCAUUAAAGCAGUUCUGAAUCUCA